GGAAAGACCAGUUUGUGCCUCUCUGCAGCCCAGUGGUGGCCGCUAGCCUUUUUGAGACCAUUUCUGUCCGUGGUUUUAAACCCUGCCUACCAGUGUCAGCAUCCAUAAAAUAAUAUACACCCUUGGUUUCUGAAGUUUUGCAUACAUUGUUCUGCACUCUAGUAACUCAGUAUGAGUUUUAGUCGACAUAGGUUUUUAAAAUCAGCCUGUGUGGCUGUGCCUCGGUCGUUGUUUAUUUUAACUGCUGUGCAGUGCACACGGCGGGACUUGGUCGCAUCGGGGGCCGCCGUGCUGGAGACGCCCAUAGUGCUGGCUUCCGGCUGUUGAGCUGUCGCCCCGGGCCCACCGCGCGGCCAGCUCGCGUCUCCGCGUGUUUCCUUGAGCUUGGGCGCAAUCCACGCAUACUCUCAGGUCCCUAUGAGGGAUUCUUACAGAGAACAUGAGAGCGCGCCACGCCCGCCGACGUGUCCAGGGUGGGGCAGCAGACCUGCGGCCCCGCUCCCGGCCAGGGCCACGACCCCCGCCCGCACCCCGCCCCGGGGACCCAGGGCCACGGGCGCCUCGGGGAGAUGGCGAACGCCUCCCGAAGGCCCUUGCCCUCCCGCGCGCAGUCCCGGAACCCUGGGCUCCCAGCGCAGGUCGUGGUCGCCGCCCGGCGGCAGCCCGCCUCUCUUCCUUCCUGCAGAGCCGGGGUCCGGGGAGGGCCGGGGGCGGGGCCGCCUGCCCAAAGCCAAGCACGCCGCGCAUCAGGCGGCGCGGAGGUGGUUCGAAGGGACCAGCCGCCCGCAGGUGAGCGCGGGGCUGCGUCCGGAGGCGCCCCGCGCCGGGGCCCCAGGCAGCCUAGGUCCUGACCCAGAGGUUGGACAGUCCUGGAGGCACUGCCCAGAGGCAGCUGGUGGAGGCCCAGCAAGUACCUUUCUCCUUGAGGACCCUCACCUUGAGUGUCACAGGAACUUGUGGCUGUGUGGAAUGCUGGUCCCAAGGAAGUCUUGGACCUUGUAUCCUGCUCCUGUUUCUGGCCUGGGAGUCUCCUGGGGACCUAAAGAAUUGCCCCUUCUUCCCAUCGGCACCUGAAGACCCUCCCCCAAAGCUGUUUGGAAGGUGACCCGUUUCUACAAGCCCAGGGCUCUGGCAGGAAAUGGGCCCAAGAACUUGGGGCCUAGCCCCCUCAAGCUGCCUCAGAGGAGGGGAGCCCCAGCCUGAGGAGAUGCAGCUUCUAGUUCUGGCCUCCUGCCACCAGGCUCUGCCCAGCAGAGGGAGGGCACUAUGAUCCCCCCAGGUUUGACAGCUGAGUAGUGUGGGGGCAGCUGGGCGCACUCCUGCCCAAGCUGCAUUGUACACGUGGGUGUGCAUGUGCACACCUCUGUGCUGGUGCACAUGGGAUGUGUAUGAAUGGUGCUUGUCAGUCCCUAGCUGGACUUUGGGAGGGCUCUCAGAAUGACCCAGGUCCUGCCUGGGUCCGCAUGAACUGUUUGCUCCAUUCCUCAUCUAGGAAGACCCAGCUGACAGAGUGAGGUCUUCCCAGCCUCACCGGCCCACUUCACCCCCUGAGCAGGGCUGGAUUUGCUACAGCCUCCAGGUCCCAGGACAUAGCAUGAAAAGAAUAAAUGAAUGAUGGCGAUACGGGAGGGGUCCACUCACCGGACUGGGGGAAAGCCCCUCCUGCUGACCUCUGGGCUCUGUCAGUCCUCUGUCUCUGGUGCCUGGCACCUCUUGGACAAGCCUCCUGCCUUUAUCUGCCUGCCCUUGGCCUGGCCCCCACCCAGCAACUUCCUGUCCACGCCCCAUGACAAGCUUUUCCAUGACAUGGCCUGUGUGAGGUGUGGGAAGCCAAGACCAGGAGAGCAGGGAAGGCAAAAAAAACAGGCAUGGAGGGUGGAAGGGGCUGGGGGGGCUGGGGCGCUGACGGCC